UCUUUAACUAAAGAUUUCCAGUUCGCGUCUGAUACAGAGAAAGAAAAGGAGAAAGAAAUGGAGUGCGUGUUUGGAUUAGUAGGAGACGGAUUCGCUCUGGUAGUGGCCGAUACCUCAGCCGUAAACAGUAUUUUGGUUCAUAAAUCAAACGAGGAUAAGAUCAUGGUACUCGACUCUCAUAAACUCCUCGGAGCUAGCGGCGAAAGCGGUGAUAGAGUUCAGUUCACGGAAUACAUACAGAAGAACGUGGCUUUGUAUCAGUUCCGCAACGGAAUUCCAUUGACGACUGCCGCCGCUGCGAAUUUCACUCGAGGUGAACUCGCCACGGCCCUUCGUAAGAAUCCAUACUUCGUUAACAUUCUUCUGGCGGGUUAUGACAAAGAGACAGGACCAUCUCUAUACUACAUUGACUAUAUUGCCACUCUUCAUAAGAUUGAUAAGGGAGCAUUUGGUUAUGGAUCAUAUUUUUCUCUUUCAAUGAUGGAUCGACACUACCACAGUGGAAUGACAGUGGAAGAAGCAAUUGAUUUGGUGGACAAAUGCAUUAUGGAGAUUCGAUCAAGAUUGGUUGUGGCUCCUCCAAAUUUCGUGAUCAAAAUUGUUGAUAAAGAUGGUGCAAGGGAAUAUGCCUGGCGAGAAUCUGUCAAGGAUACUGGUGGUGCACCUACAGCCUAAGUAUCAAAGUUCUAGCCAAGUCUUACCAUUCUGCUGUUUUUCUUCUCAAGUGUUCUUAUACUCAAGACAAUGAUUUUCCUUUAUGUAUUGUCAGGUUCUAAUGGUUAUGCAUUAUUGUUUCAAAUUUGUGUGAUGGUUGUAUGCUAGUCUUAGUUUGGGUAGCAUUUGGGUGGUCGCUUCAAUUGGAAUCAUGCUAUGGAUCUGUAAUCGGAUUGAUUCUUCAUGACUGCUUAGACAUUGUAGCCAAUAGCUUGGUUAAUGCUUAGGAUUACAGUACCUCUUCACAAGAUUUCAAACAACCAAUCAAAUGAUUUUGCAUUGUCAAAUGUGAUA